AGCUUCGAGCGGCGGUCGCGCUGCUGGCUCAGACCUGUCGGAAUCGGUGGCCGCAUGGCUGCGCCCAUCUCGGGCCGCGGGGCCCGGGACCUGCUGCAGUUCCUGCGGCUGGUGGGGCAGCUCAAGAGAGUCCCACGUACUGGCUGGGUAUACAGAAAUGUCCAGAAGCCAGAGAGCGUAUCAGAUCACAUGUAUAGGAUGGCAAUUAUGGCUCUGGUGACCAAAGAUGAACAUCUUAACAAAGACCGAUGUGUACGCCUAGCCCUGGUUCAUGAUAUGGCAGAAUGCAUCGUUGGGGACAUAGCACCAGCAGAUAACAUCCCCAAAGAAGAAAAACAUAGACGAGAAGAGGAAGCUAUGAAGCAGCUAACCCAGCUUCUCCCAGAGGGUCUCAGAAAAGAGCUCUAUGAACUUUGGGAAGAAUAUGAGACCCAAUCUAGUGCAGAAGCUAAAUUUGUGAAGGAGCUGGACCAAUGUGAAAUGAUUCUUCAGGCAUCUGAAUAUGAAGACCUUGAGAACAAACCUGGGAGACUGCAGGACUUCUACAAUUCCACAGCAGGAAAAUUCAGUCACCCUGAGAUAGCCCAGCUUGUUUCUGAACUUGAGGCAGAAAGAAAUGCUAACAUAGCUGCCGCCGCCAGUGAACCACACUCGUGAGAUGCACUCCUGUAACAAACAUUUUAUUUUUCUGUUUCAUGGUAUUGUGUUUUGCCACUGUUGGUCUGUUGAUUCCCCAGAUGUGAGUCUAUUUUCAAUUGCCUGGACUCCAGCAAGAAACGUGAUAAAAUUUGGACAGUAAAAGAAGCGACAGAACAGGGUGUGGUUCUGAAAAUGCCAUGGAUGAAGACUUGGAGGGUGGGGGGCUUUUUAUGAACUGAAUAAAUAAAUUUUUAAAACCUUAAA